UGUGCUGUGUCCCUCAGACACAGCAGAUCACCGAUCAAUGGAAAGAGCCGAAGAUGUCUGCGCGGUCAUGUGAUCAGCUGUGUCUAAUCACAGCUGAUCACAUGGGACAUCUACACUGAUCAUCAGGGCACUGAUGAUCAGUGUGCCCUGAUGAUCAGUGUAACCCCAGCAGUGCCACCUGUCAGUGCCCAUCAAUGCCACCUGUCAAUGCCCAUCAGUGCCUCAUCAAUGCCACAUAUCGGUGCCUACCAGUGCACAUCAAUGCCAUAUAUCAGUGCCCAUCUGAGCUGCCUUUCAGUGUCACCUAUCAGUGCCAGUCAAUGCCACCUAUCAAUGCCAGUCAGUGCCACCUGUAAGUGCUGUCAAUCAGUGCCAGCUAUAAGUGCCAGUCAGUGCCACCUAUCAGUGCCACCUAUAAGUGCCCAUCAGUGCUGCCUAUCAGUGCCACCUAACAGUGCCAGUCAGUGCCACCUAACAGUGCCAAUCAGUGCCGCCUAUCAGUGCCAGUCAGUGCCACCUAUCAGUGCCAUAUAUGAUUGCUCCCUUUCAGUGCCCAUCAGUGAUGCCUGUCAAUGCCCAUCAGUGCCACCUACUAGUGCCUCCUCAUCAGUGCCCAUCAGUGCCACCUAUCAGUGCCCAUCAGUGCAGUCUAUCAGUGCCCAUCACUGCAGCCUCAUUAGCACACAUCAGUGAAGGAAAAAAAUCACUUAUUUACAAAAUUUUAUAACAAAAACUAAGAAAAAAUGUUUUUUUUUCCAAAUGUUUGUUUUUGGUUUGUUUAGCAAAAAAUAA